AUGGCCUCAACGAAAUCCGCACCUGUAUCCUCUCCUCCCGAAGUGGACAAUCCUCCCUCAAUCCCAACGAUAUCUCACCAUCCGUCGAAUUCAACAUCACCGGCCCCGCGACGGUCAAAUAUCCAGCGUCCAUCCUCAUAUGCAAGAGAUCGCUUAUCAACCUACUCCAGCGCCUCUUUUAAUUCCCAGAACCGUUCACGACCCGCAUCACACGCUUUUCCCGUUUUUCAUUCAAGUCUGCCUUACGCCUUAGUACGGGACUUCGCCUACCCACCAAUACAUCCACUCCAUUAUGGACCCCAUCCAAGCGAAUCGGGAAUAUCUACUCCGGCGAGCGAAGCUCGACGGUUAUCCGAUCCCCCCAGCGCUUCUUGGGAUGUUUCUCGUGGGCACUGGCAUUCAUCAUGGAACCCGGAAGCCAUGUAUGGUACCCAACAACUCCCUGCAAUGGCAUUUGGAGAUGGACCACCAUACAGUGAGGAUGAGGACUUGCACAGCCCUGUUGUGACGACGUCUCGGCAUCGCAAACACAAAUCCGCACAUGUAGGGUCCGAAUUUAACAGAGAGAUAAAUCCGGGAAUUGCCAAUAAUACCGACCCGUCGUCAUAUGCCGCGCGAGGAGAUGAUAGAGGUGUUUUCGUCGGAGUAAAUGGGGAUGGAAGCGCAACAUACUAUGUCAAAGACGACGACGCAGUUGAUGAUGGUCCUGGAGGAGAAUAUGUUACCUACCCAGCCAACGAAUCAGGGAACCGUUCAUUCUUGAGCCCCGGCUCAUAUCCACCUGGUGGUCAACGGGACUCCCACUUUGCCGCGUCAUUGAGUGACCGAACGUCAAUGGAACCCGAUGUGGAACUACAAUCCGAUGACGAGAUAUCAGAGGAUGAUGAAUCAUGGAGAGAUGCGUCACGGUAUUCGCGAGAUUACCAAUUUACGAUUGUUUCUCCCGAUGAAGAAAUGCACGGCAAAGCGGUUGCGCUUUUCGAUUUCGACCGCGAACAUGAGAACGAGCUACCGUUGAAGGAGGGACAAGUAAUUCUUGUAUCCUAUCGCCACGGACAAGGCUGGCUUGUUGCGGAAGACCCCAAGACUGGAGAAAGUGGGCUCGUACCGGAAGAAUUCGUCCGACUGGUUCGUGACAUUGAGGGAGGAUUGAAUGGCCUUAACGGCGCUCUUAUGAAUACAUUGACCUUGGGCGAAGAAGAAUCUAUAUCCACCCAAAAUGAAAAUCCCACCAUUCUACCCGCCAACAAUCCGUCAACAGAUCUGUGUGCGCAACAAAGGCAACAUAAACAGCAAAGCAACGGCACUGCGACUAUAAAUCCUACUGAGGGCGAAAACGUCAACCCUGACAGCCAUCACCAACCAUCCUCACCGCCAUCAUCAACAUCAGCGAAUGCGAACACAUCUAUAAAAGACAAACACCCCGAAGAAAAAGAGAAAGAAAACAAAGAGCGCGAAAAGAAGCAACCCCCCGUCGUCUCCACAUUCUCUACAAGCAGUCGUGAUCUAGAUCCAUACCCCCUGGCGGGCCAUCAGCAUCGGAAAUCAACCCCGCCACAGAUCGAGCAUUAUGAUGGCACCAACCUGAGCGCGACGGGGGGUGCGCGGUCGUCAUCCGUGCGGUCGAAGAGUACGUCCAAGCAAAGAACGCAAUCGGGGUCGGGGACAGGUGUAAAGUCUUGA